CCCAUUUCCCCCUUUGUCACUGUGACCAAAUAGCUAAAGUCCAGGAAGAGAUUCACCAUGUAGUUGGCAGAAACCGCAGCCCCUGCAUGCAGGACAGGAGCCGCAUGCCCUAUACAGAUGCCAUGAUUCAUGAGGUCCAGAGAUUCAUCAACUUCAUCCCCACCAACCUGCCCCAUGCAGUGACCUGUGACACUAAAUUCAGGAACUACAUCAUCCCCAAGGGAACAACGGUAAUAACAUCACUGUCAUCAGUGCUGCAUGACAGCAAGGAAUUCCCCAACCCAGAAACAUUCGACCCUGGCCACUUUCUAGAUAAGAAUGGAAACUUUAAGAAAAGUGACUACUUCGUGCCAUUUUCAACAGGAAAACGGAUUUGUGCAGGAGAGGGCCUGGCACGAAUGGAGCUGUUUCUAUUUCUCACCACCAUUUUACAGAACUUUAAGCUCAAAUCUCUAGUUAAUACUAAGGAUAUUGAUACAACCCCAAUGCUCAAUGGAUUUGCCUCUGUGCCACCCAAAUACCAGCUCUGCUUCAUUCCUAUCUAAAGAAGAGCAGAUUGCCUACCCCAAGCUGUAUUGUUUUCUGUAAGUCUCUAGACCUUCAUUCACCUCCUUCCCCAUCUUGGACAAGAUGUCCUUCCCUCCUCUCCUGUAUUCCCAUUCUGUCACAACCCAGGAAACACCUGUUAACUAUUUUGCAACUUGUUGAAUCACAUUAGAAACAUAUUGCUAUAUUCUAUUCUGUGCAACUGUGUUAUUAUUUCUUUUGCUAAUGUGUAUCUGGCCUUUAAAAUAGAACUUCACUGCAAAUAAUGUAAUAAGAGAAUUCAAGGUCAUUUUCUUCUGUAUGUUUUCAGUAAUAAAUAAGUUUGAUUUGCGCA